AUGGGCUCUAAAAAGAAGGCAAAAAAGAACGCCGACUUCAAGAAGGUUAAGCUGAAAGUUGGCAAGAAACUUAAGAAAACUACCACGACCGAUACGACUAUUCAAACGAAAAAAAUAGUGCUAAUCUCCCAACUAGAAGAAAAAUCGGAAUCAUCGGAUAAACCGCUUUCCUACCGCGGUCUUUCUCUCGAAGAACUGUGCAGACAACUUGGUCACUUCAAUAAAAGUGUGCGAAGAGAUGCUCUACUAGGUACAAAACAGUUAUUGACUUCUCGCCCUGACUUGAUCGAAACUCAUCUGAGAACGUUGAUUCCCUCCAUAGCUCGUCUAAUCGCGGAUUGUGGUCAUGAUCCCGCUUUGAAUGGCCAGCUUCGGGCACUUUUACGUGUCAUCUGCUCCGUGUCUUCCCAUGCGAUGGCUGCCCACUUCACAUUAUUCGUGGCACAUCUUCUUCACGCUCUAACGCAUAGUGAAGCAGGGUGA